AUGCCGGGUGGCAGCAGCAGCAGGGAGACCAGUGGUCUCGGGUUCACAGAGAUUGUCAAGGCCACCGGCAGUGCAGCAGAGUCUACGUCAUCGAACGCUCCUUGGAGUGGCCUUGCCCAGGACGUGGGAGCCACGGCCACCCAGCUCCAACUCCGUGGCCAACCCUCGCCCGUGAGGCUUCGUUUUCACUUCAUCAGAAAGAGCUCUCGGCACCCGGGAUCCUUCCGUGGGUUCUCGAGGCGGCUCUACCACGCAGCAGUGCGCACACAGCUGCCUCAAGGAGCUGGGCAAGAUGGUAUUUUAGUCCAGGACAUUGUAUUCUUAGAACAUGAAUGCAAGGCCUUGGAGGUGGACAGUUACAAGUCCCUGAUGAUCCUGGGGAUCCCAGAGGACUGUAGCCACCGGGAAUUUGAAGACAUCGUACGGGGCCUCCUGAAACCACUAGGCAAGUUCGAAGUGGCUGGGAAGGCCUUUCUGGAGGAAGAUAGAUCCAAGGCAGCUAUCAUUAGGUUGGCAGAGGACCUCAAUUACGACGUGGUUCCCAGGGAGAUCAAGGGUAAGGGAGGUGUGUGGAGAGUGGUCUACAUGCCCAAAUGUCAGGACAUCGAAUUCCUCACCAAGCUCAAUUUGUUCCUGCGGGGAGAGGGCAGGACGGUGGAGGACGUGGCCUGCGUCCUCAGGCGGGAGCUGUGUCCCACCACAAUAGGUCCUGGAGAGCUGCCUUCCAGGAAGUGCUGACUGUCUCCGCAGGGGGAGAAUGCAGA